AUCCAGAACAAGGCUCUGGACCCGCUACAACCUCAGUCCCGGAGUUUAGCCGGCCAGCCGGGUCGUGGGGUGCGCGCUGCGGGGCAAUCAUCAUGCCCCACUUUGCAUGUGUCUGCAGUUCUACACGUCCGGUACCUACUCGAAACGUAACGUACACAGUACAAUUAUUUUCCGUGUGGAAGGGCUCCAAUUGGUCGUUGACUCAUUGUCAACCAAAUCAAGCCAAUUCGAAGAUACUGCCUUGUACCAGCCUGACAAAGAAACACGAAGUGUUCUCCUUCCUAGUGACCUCUCUAAAACUGAGAGCAACUCCCGACGUUUGCCAUCAUCGCUCUUGAGGCGGGGUCCUUCAGACCGGCUUCCGACACUUCCCUCCGUUUCUCGUCACGAUCAUAAGACAACAAAGCGAAGCCAUGGCGCCUUCACAAGCAACGCACACACCAAGUUUGGAGAAGCUGGUAAAGUCGCUCAAGGGACAAUCCCUAGAGGCCUCGAUCGAAGCAUUGAUCUUCCUUCUUAAAAGGAGACAGGUCAAAGGCGACGAGUGCGCUCAGGCAACUGCACAUAUCCUCCGCCAGGUUGUCGCAAAGGCAAGAUGGCAGGAUGUUGACCAGCUCCUUUCACAAAUCCAAAGUGCGGGGUCAAGGCUGGCUCGGGCUGCCCCCCAUGAGCCUGUGAUUGGCAACAUUGUGAGGCGGGUAUUGGGCCUCAUUCGGGAUGAGAGACAAGCGACAAUCCCCAUCCGGCCCUCUCCCGCAGUUCUCACGUCAACCGCGGGUUUGCAAGUCUCCAAGUCCAUGUUCAACCUGCUGUCGGUGGCAGAGCCAGACGGCUCACCCAUGACGGGAGGCUCCACCCCGCUGUCUCAGGCAACGCAGCCCACCAGCGUUCAUACGCUACGUUCCGAGGUCAUGGACGGAAUCGAGGAAAUCAUGGACGAGAUUGGCCAGGCCGAUGACCAGAUCGCCAGUUUUGCCGACAUUCAGAUCCAUCCAGGCGACUUUGUCCUGGCGUAUCAACCUUCCAAAACUGUGGAGAGGUUCCUGAUCAAGGCAGCAUCCAGACGACGUUUUACCCUGUUUAUCGCCGGCCUCGAGCCUUUCACCAACGGGACCAGUGACGCCCCCUAUGCCACACUACGAAAGAAGCUCAGCGCGGCCGGAGUAAACACCAUAAGUCUCUCGAGUAACGGUCUGAUGGCUUAUAUACCCAGGGUGAACAAGGUCAUACUUGGUGCCAAAGCUGUGUAUCAAAAUGGCGGGUUACUCGUGGAUAGCGGCUGCUGCAUCGCUGCUCAAGUUGCGCACGAAUACCUGAAACCCGUCAUUGCUUUGAGUCCAGUGUACAAGUUCUGCCCAGAGGAUCCCUCAUACGACGUCUCGAGGGGAUGGCUUGGGAACCCUUCUACAUACGUGAGCUAUGGCAAUGGCCCCGAAGUAGACGCGAUCGUCGUCGAGAACACGGUUACAGACUAUAUCCCGCCUGAGCUUGUCGACGUCUACCUGACCAAUCUCGGGCCUCAAACCCGGCACCAUAUUGCCAGCAUUCUGGCGGACCACUAUAAAACCGAGGAUCUGGCCUUCUCGAUGCAGCUUGAUUAGUGAUAACUCAAUUUGAAGGGCUCGAGAAUACCAGCACGCUUUUCCUGGGCCUGACCAAGAUCGAGACAGUCUGUCGUGGCCAUUGCGCGGGCUUCGAAAUAACAGCAGACUCGUUCGCGGCCAUGCGACGACGGGCGGACUCGAUAACCCUCAGUGCCCCAUACAAGCCUCAUCAGGCCGCGUAAGCCAAGCUGGGGCUUGCGUAGAACAAAGAUGUGGGAACAAAUGGGUUGGGCCCAGAGAAGGGGGGCUAUGUCAGCCAAGCCGUACCAUCGCAUUCGCUACAAGAACUCGCUAAAGUAGCUUGAUCAGUGGUUUGCAAAUGGAGGCCCACCUCCUGUCAUGGGUC